AUGAUGUCGACGACCAGCUACUCGUGGUGCGAGGCGUCCGUCGCCAAGGCCCAACGCCGCCCGUCGACGACGCGCCGUGCUGCACCUAAGGCCCGCGGCCUCAACAAGGCCAAGCCGCAGGUUAUGCCGCCCCGCAACGCGCUCCAGACGCAA